GUCGAUUCUGGCCUUUGAUCCGAGGGGAGGGGCGCGCAGGCGAGGCGGAGCCUGCACAAGUUGGAGAGGUCCCGGUUAGUCUCCAGUCUUCUGUGGAGUCCGAGGGGACCUUCCCAGGCUUUGAUUUCCACUCCAGAGCAGAAUCACCAUGGCAACUGGGCAGAAGUUGAUGAGAGCUGUUAGAGUUUUUGAAUAUGGUGGACCAGAAGUCCUGAAACUCCAAUCGGAUAUUGCAGUGCCAGUUCCAAAAGAACAUCAGGUUCUAAUUAAAGUUCAUGCCUGUGGUGUAAAUCCAGUGGACACAUAUAUUCGCUCUGGCACUCAUGUUAUAAAACCAGUCUUACCUUACACUCCAGGCUCUGAUGUGGCUGGGGUCAUAGAGGCUGUGGGAGAUGAUGUAUCUGCUUUCAAGAAAGGUGACCGCGUUUUCACCACUGCAACUGUCUCUGGAGGCUAUGCAGAGUAUGCUCUGGCAGCAGAUCACACUGUCCACACACUGCCUGAGAAACUGGACUUCAAACAAGGGGCUGCCAUUGGGAUCCCGUAUUUUACUGCAUUUCGAGCUCUGUUCCACAGUGCCCGUGCGAAGGCUGGGGAAAGUGUCCUGGUUCAUGGGGCUAGUGGAGGGGUUGGAUUAGCAACAUGCCAGAUUGCUAGAGCUUACGGCUUAAAUGUUUGGGGCACAGCCAGUACUGAGGAGGGACGAAAGAUUGUUUUGCAAAAUGGAGCCCAUGAAGUGUUCAAUCACAAGGAAGUAAAUUAUAUUGAUAAAAUUAAGAAAUCUGCUGGUGAAAAUGGAGUUAAUGUGAUUAUUGAAAUGUUAGCUAAUGUAAAUCUUAGUAAUGAUUUGAAACUUCUCUCUUCUGGAGGACGAGUCAUAAUUGUUGGAAGCAGAGGUCCUAUUGAAAUAACCCCACGGGACACCAUGGCAAAGGAGACUAGUAUAAUUGGAGUUUCUCUAUAUUCCUCGACUAAGGAGGAAUUUCAGCAAUUUGCGGCAGCUCUUCAAGCUGGAAUGGAAAUUGGCUGGAUGAAACCUGUAAUAGGUCCUCAGUACCCGUUGGAGAAAGCAGCCGAAGCUCAUAAAGAUAUCAUCUCUAACAGUGGGACUACUGGGAAAAUGAUUCUUCUCUUGUGAUGAGUUAUUGUUUCAUAAUUUUUCUACAUAAUUAGAGGCUAUCUUUCUCCUAAUUUUAUUCACACUAACUUUUCUUUCAUGAACACUCAUUUUAUUUAGUGAGUUUCUUAUAAUGGAAACUGAACUUCUUGAACAAGAUUUUUCUUUAGAGAAUAGAGGCAGUGCAGUAAAAUUAUCUUAUGGAUGGCAAUCAUUUUAUGCCUUUUUUCUGAAUCAAGGAAUCAUCAUGGUAAGAAAUACCAUAUUAGUGGUAAUUUGCCAUUGAGGCACAUUCUAGAACAUUUCAGCGGAUACUUGGUUAAUUCUAAACCUUUGACUGAAACAUACUAAUUCAAGAUACGACUGCUUGACUUCCAAAAGUAAAUGUGAUUUCAGGUCUGUUUAUCCUUAUAAAAGUUCUUUAGUUGUUGAUUAGUCCAUCAUCAGCUAUGAUGAUUUUUUGGAUUACUACAACUUUUUCAAAAUAAUCUUGCCUUGAUCACUAAGUUUCCUGCAAGGGGAACGGUAUGUAUACAUUGUCUGGACAAGUUGGUUGGUUAUUUCAGGUUCUUCCAGUGAUGUUAGAAUAUUCAGUGUCAGUGACUCACCUAUUCUGGGAGGACCACAGCUUCAGCGUUGGCCUGAUACAGGACAAGUCCACAGUCCACAGACUCUUCCUGUUUGACUACAUUUCCAGAGUUAAAAGUUAUCCGUGUGUCAUGGGGAGCAUAUGUUUUUGUUUAAAUUAAUAAAUUCUCUGAUUUGAGCAUAAGGAAUGAUAUACUUUUGUGCUUAUAACGUGAGCAAUCUCUAAUAAAUCCAAUGGAAAAUUAAAACUUGUA